AUGUGUCACCUCAGCUGCCACCGCAGUGGGGGCGGAGGGGGAGGCGCAGGCAGUCCCACACCGCGCCGCCGCUGCCUCCUGCGCUCUCGGCUCGCUGGGGUCCCGGCGUGGGCCCGCUGCCCCCCGGCACCGAACGCAGUAAAGCUCCAUCCCGGUUCCAUCAUGGCCAUCUCCUCGCGCCUCGCGCUCUGGGAGCAGAAGAUCCGGGAGGAGGACCGGGGCCCGCCGCCAUCCGCGCCCCCUCUACUCCUCUCUGUCAUUCCUGGUGGGUUCAUCAAGCAGCUCGUCCGUGAGACUGAGAAGGAGUCCAAGGAGGCGAGGCUGAAGAAGGCAGCCAAGGCCAGUGGGAAGGAGGAGCCUGUGGUGGAGGACAGUCCAGCCCAGAGCAGGGAUUCCCCAGCUGCCAAAGGAACCGUGGUCAGUGUGGGGAAGUCCUUGCAGAACGGGCUGCAGGCAGGUGGGCAGGGGGGCAAGGGGACACCAACACACACAGCACUGCCCCCCGGGACGGCUGCGCCUAGCUCCGAUCCCAGCAAAGCUCCCACGGUGGCACAGAGCCCUCGGUCAGAGGGUCCUCAGGCAGUAAAGCCACAGAGCCCUGAGAAGAAAAAAGGAGGAGAGGACAAGAGCCCCAAGGCUGCAUGCCCUGGGGGGAGCCCCCCAUCUACAGCCCCAGCGAUCAGCAAGGGCCCCCAGCACUGUGGCAAAGUGAAGGAGGGGGACUUGCCCAAGGGGAAGGGUCCAGAGGGCACCAAGAAGGAGAAGGGAGCAGCCCUGAGUGGCCAACAGUUCUCCAGCACAGCAAGCACCAAGAGGGAGCUGGGGCUGGGCAAGAAGGAGCUGGAGAAGAUGAAGAAAGAUGUUGGAGGUGGGAAGAAGGAGCCGAAGGAAAUGAAAGAGCCUGCAAAAAGCACAAACAAGUCAGAGGGGGCCAAGAGGGAAGCAGGAGGCACUCGAGAAAAGCCUGAAGGUGUGGCAAAAGGAGUCGGAAAGGCAAAGGGAGAGCCUCGAGAAGGAAAAGAGGCACCGCAAGGAGGUGAAGAGGCACUGGCAGAGAGCAAAGCAGCACCUGUGGAGAGUAAAGAGGAGACAGGAGAGAGCGCAGACCAGGAGCAGGCUCCCAAGGAUGUGUGGUACGAAGCGGAUAAAGUGUGGCUCGUGCAGCAGGAUGGCUUCGUGCUUGCCACACAGCUGAAACCUGAUGUGGGGACACCAGAGCUGCCAGCGGGCAGAGUGCGGGUGCGCCGGGAUGCAGAUGGCAGCAUCACUGAGGUGGAUGAGGACAGCGUGCAGCGGACCAACCCUCCCCACCUGGACCUGGCUGAGGACCUGGCCACGCUCCUCAACCUCAAUGAGUGCAGCGCCCUGAACACACUGCAGCAUCGCUACCGCUCCCAUCUCCCCUGGACCUACGCCGGGCCCAGCCUGGUGGCCAUCAGGCCCGGCCCCGAUGCCGGCACCCAUGCGGGGAAGGUGUCCAAGGGGAGGCGGGACAGCACAGCACCACACAUCUGCUCGGUGGCACAGAGAGCCUACAGGACCCUGCUGGCCCAGAGGCGGGACCAGGCCAUCGUGCCCAUGGGGCGCAGCGGUGCAGGGAAGACCACGAGCUGCCAGUUGGCCCUGGAGCACCUGGUGGGCAUGGCAGGCAGCGUGGACGGCCGAGUCUCAGUGGAGAAGAUCCAGGCAAUGUUCACGGUGCUGGGAGCCUUUGGGGCAGUGAGCACUGAGCAGAACAGCAGCUCCACACGCUUCUCCAUGAUCCUCUCUCUGGAUUUCAGUGCCGCUGGGCGCAUCACCGCCGCUCACCUCCAGACCAUGCUGCUGGAGAGGGGCCGUGUCGCCCAGCAGCCCCCUGGGGAGAGCAACUUUAAUGUCUUUCCUAUGAUGCUGGCGGGCCUGGAUGUGGCACAGAGGACCACGUUGCACUUGCACCAGGUGGCUGAGAGCAACGCCUUUGGAUUCAAGCCCUUCUCAAAGCCCGAGGAGAAGCAAAAGGCGAGCGCAGCGUUUGCAAAGCUGCAAGCAGCCAUGGGUGUGCUGGGCAUCACGGCAGAGGAGCAGGUGGCCGUGUGGAGAGUGCUGGCUGGCAUCCACCACCUGGGAGCUGCGGGGGCCUGCCGAGUGGGCCGCAAGCAGUUCAUGCGCUUUGAGUGGGCAACGCACGCUGCUGAGGUGCUGGGCUGUGAGCUGGAGGAGCUCAGCACCGCCGUCUUCAAGCACCACCUGAAGCAGAUCCUGGCACAGGCGGCUGCACGGAGCGGCGGGAGGCCCUCUGAAGAGGAGGGACCCUCAGGGCAGAAGAUGACGGGUGUGGAGUGUGUGGAGGGAAUGGCUUCAGGUCUCUACGAAGAGCUUUUUGCUGCACUCGUCUCCAUGAUCAACAGGUCCUUCUCAUCCCAGCACCUCUCCAUCGCCUCCAUUGCGGUGGUGGACACCCCUGGCUUCCACAACCCGCGGCACCAGGGUGGGCAGCGGGCAGCCACGUUUGAGGAGCUGUGCCACAACUACGUGCAUGAGCGGCUGCAGGGGCUCUUCUACGAGAGAACCUUUGUCUCGGAGAUGGAGAGGUACAAAGAGGAAAAUGUUGAGGUGUCUUUUGAUCUUCCAGAGCGCUCUCCACUGGUCACGCUGUCCAUCGUUGACCUGAACCCCUCGCAGCCACAGGUGCUGCCCAGCAGCCUGGGGGCCGACCGCAGGGGGCUGCUGUGGAUCCUGGAUGAGGAGGUGCUGAUCCCAAGCUCUGGAGAUGGUGCUGCUUUUGACCGCCUCUGCUCUUACUUUGCCCCAAAAGGAUCUGACCAGGAUGGGGCCGGCUGUGUGCGCAAGUGUGAGCAGGCACUGCACUUUGAGAUCCCACACCAGCUAGGCACCGACCCCGUGCGCUAUGACCUGGCAGGCUGGGUGAGCAAGGCCAAGCUCAACCUGUCUGCAGAGAACGCCAGUCAGCUGCUGCAGCAAUCUCAGCUGAAUGCACUGCAGGAGCUGGCAAUGCUGCGCCGCGGGGUGCCGCGGGUCUGCCGUGCUGUGGCGGGGCUGGAAGGGUGCUCACAGGCGGCCCUGCAGCGCAAUGCCUGCGUCAGAAAGGUCUUCGCCAGCAACUUGGCAGCAGUCAGGAGAAGAUCGGUGUGCGCCCAGCUCAAGCUGCAGGCGGAUGCUCUCACCAGCCUCCUGCGGCGCUCCCAGCUGCAUUUUGUGCACUCCCUGGUUCCUGGGACAGCGGUGGAGAAGGCAGACCCGCCGCUGCUGGAUGUGCCGGCCCUGCGAGCCCAGCUGGGGGGCAGCCAGCUCCUGGAUGCCCUGCGCCUGCACCGCAUUGGGUACUCGGACCACCUGCUCCUGACCCACUUCCGACGGCGCUUCCAGGUGCUGGCUCCAGCUGUCAUGAAGAAGUGCACAUCUGCCUACGAGGUGCCGGAUGAGAGCAAGGCAAUCGAGGAGCUCUUCCACGCACUGGAUCUGGAGAAGAAAAGUGUGGCCAUAGGACGCAGCCAGGUGUUCCUGAAGGCAGGUGUUCUCAGCAGGCUGGAGAAGCAGCGUGACAAGCUGAUAGCUCAGAAACUGAUCCUCCUCCAGGCAGCCUGUAAGGGUUUCCUCAGCCGUCAGAAGUUCAAGAGGCUGAAGGUACAACGCCUUGCUGUCCGCUGCAUCCAGAAGAACGUGGUGGUCUUCCAGGCGGUCCGGCACUGGCCCUGGUGGCAGCUGCUGAGCCGUGUGCGGCCCUUGCUCAGCAUUAACCUGGCAGAGGAACAGCUGCGAGUAAAAGAGAAGGAGCUGGCGGCACUCAGAAAGAAGCUGGAGAGAUCGGAGCAGUCGUGCAGUGAGCUCAGGCAGAACACUGAGAAGCUGGAGAGCAAGAUCAUCGACCUGACGAUGGAGCUGUCAGAUGAGAGGCACAAAGGUGACGUUGCCUGCCAGGUGCUGGAUGGGGAGAGGGCAGAGAGGCUGCGGGGCACUCGGGAGCUGCAGGAGCUGCAGAGCAAGCACGACGAAGUGCAGAAGAAACUGGAGUCAGUGCAGAAGCAGCUGGAGGAGGCCCAGCAGUUGGUUCAGCUGCGUGAGAUGAAGAUAAGUGGCUCUGAAGGAGAGGACGCAUGGCAGGUGCGGUUCGACUGCGCGCAGACGGAGAUCGCCUUCCUCCAGAAGAGGCUGGCACAGCUGGAGGAGCGGCUGAGCGCCGAGCUCAGCUCCAGGACAGGGCUUGAGCAAAAGCUGGGUGAGGUGCAGGCAGCGUGCCAGGCGGCACGGGCAGCAGCCCAGCAGCUACGGCGGCGGUGCAGACGGCUGACCUGUGAGCUGGAGGAUGCACGGGUGCUCGCUGAGAGCCAGCAGAGCCGCAGCCAUGAGCUGGAGAAGCGGCAGAAGAAGUUCGACCUGCAGCUGGCCCAGGCCCUGGGAGAGUCUGCCUUUGAGAGGAGUCUUCGUGAGAAGGUGGUCCAGGAGAAUUCCUCCCUGCAGUGGGAGAUGGGCAAACUGCAGCAGAACCUGGAGCAGCAGCAGGCGGAGGGGGCCAGCCUGGCACAGAAGGUUUCACAGCUGGCUGGCCGUGUGCAGGAGCUCAGUGCUCCCGGUGCCAUGGACUCCUGCUCCGUGCCCGUGCUCAAGCAGCAGCUCUGGGAUCUGGAGGCCAGCAGCGCUGAGCAGCGCAAGGAGCUGGAGCGGCAGACAGCCAAUGUGGAUCACCUGGAGCAGCUGCACCAGAGGCUGGAGCUGGAGAUUGAGCGGAUGAAGCAGAUCCACCAAAAGGAGCUCGAGGACAAGGAUGAGGAGCUGGAGGAUGCACGGCAGUCCUGCCAGAGGAGGCUCCGGCAGCUGGAGAUGCAGCUAGAGCAGGAGCACGAGGAGAAGCAGACAGCUCUGCGCGAGAAGCAGGACCUGGAGGGGCUCGUGGGCACGCUGUGUGAGCAGAUCGGCCACCGCGACCUGGAUGUGGAGAAGCGGCUGCGGAGGGACCUGCGCCGGACACGUGCACUGCUGGCUGAUGCACAGCUGCUGCUGGCUGCCCCCACAGAGCCCGGAGCCACUGGUGCUGCCGAGCUGCAGCGGCUGCAAAAGCAGCUGGAAGAGAGCGAGGCGAGGUGCGCCGAGGCCCAGCGGUCCCAGCAGGCAGCAGCCCAGGAGCUCGAGAACCUGCAUGUGGAGAUGGAGAUGCUGAGCAGGAACAAGACCCUGGCGGAUGAGCAGCUCAGCCAGAUGCAGCACGAGAGAGCCGAACUCCUGCGGCGUGUCAGCGAGGACCAGGAGGACCUGAAUGAGCUGAUGGCCAAGCACAAGGCUCUGAUUGCACAGUCUGCAACAGAUAUCGCUCAGAUCCAGGAGCUGCAGACACAGGUGGAGGAAGUGAAGAAGGAGAAGCAGAGCCUCCAGGAGAAGCUACUGGUGGCACAGGCAAGUGUGGCACGCCUGGAGCAGCGCCCUGCUGAGCGCGCCGUCAUCAGCCGACAGGAAGCCCGCAUCCGUGACUUGGAGAGCCAGCUGGACUUCCAGGCUGUGCAGAUGAAGCGCUUCGAGGUGCUGGUGCUGCGCUUGCGAGACAGCAUCAUCAAAAUGGGCGAGGAGCUGGAGAAGGCAGCUGAGUCAGAAGCGCGGGAGAAAGAAAGCACCAAAUACUACCAGCGGAGGAUGGAGGAGAUGAAGGCAGACAUGGAUGAGCUGGUGCAACGGGAGCUGGAGUCCAGCCGCCGGCGUGUGGAGUUGGAGCAGCAGUUGGCCGAGGCGGCGGCGGCACGACAAGGGCUGCAGGCAGACCUGGGCACGGCCAUCCGGCGCAUCGCUGACCUGCAGCUGGCCCUGGAGGAGCUGCGCGCCAGCGAUGACAGCGAUGCUGAGAGCGUGCAGACGGCGCGGGACACGCUGUGCUCCGGGAGAGAGACGGAUGCCUGCUCCAGCGUUGGCUCUGUGCUGAGCCUGGAGCCCGCAGAAAGCCUGUACUCCUGGCCAGGCUCAUCUAUAGGUUGGUCAUCCCCAACCGGUGGCAGCGUGGCUGGUAGCAUCUCAGCGCUGUCCGUUGGCAGCCGCAGCACCCAGGGCCUGAGGGGGAGCAGAGACACCACAGAGCCCGCAGCCACCCGGCCGGGCUCCUCCUUGAGCACCACGAGAUCUGUUGAUGCCGCAGACACCGGGAAGGCUGUGAGCCCUCUGCUCAGCGCGAGGAGACGGGAAUAUGGAAAGCCUCUCUCAGACAGCACGGAGCUGACGAGCCCGCUGGACAAACCCGCAGCCAGGUCCCCUCUGCCCAGCGCCUCGGCCGCGCUCUCCGACUACGUGGGGGAGCUGCGCAGGAGGAGGGCGGCGGAGAAGGAGCAGGGCCCGCUGCUGGAGGACGCUGCAGCCCUCCCCAUCUACCGCACCACCGGAGCCGCGGCCCUGCGGCGCAGCAGGCCUCGCCUGGGGGAUGCGGGCACCGAGCUGCCCGGGGUGAGCGACGGAACCGACGGCGGCCUGCCGCGCUCCUCCAGCCUGCGCGGCCCGGCCCAGCAGCCCACGCUCUCCCCGGUGCUGAAAAGAGCCUCCAAAUUCGGUUCCUGCGAUUCCCUCCUGCUGUCCCUCGGCGGCCAAGAGCUGCUCGGGCCGAGGCCGUGGAGGAGCCGCCUGGAGCCGUCAGCCGAGGAGGACGGGCAGGCUGCAGACUGGGCCUCACCCGGCACCGGGUUGGGAGAGGGGCUGGGGGGAGACCCCCGUGCCUGGAAGAUCCCCACCCUCGACUUUGAGAGGAGAGCCAGCACCGAGCUGGAGGAAUUCCUGCCGGCCAUUCGCAAAUCCCGCUCCACCAGCAGCCUGGCCAAGCCCGGCAGGGACAGGAAGGACGGCCACCGGGCCCUGACCGUCCGCUUCCAAGACGAGGCAGUGGUGGGCGAUUCGGCAUCCUCCAGGAGCAGGAGCGUGGCACAGCCUGGCCUGGCCCCCGGCAGGGACCGAUCCGACUCCUCCUCGUCCUCGGGCUCCAUCCUCUCCUCCAGGAGCACCGACAGCAUCAAGCAGCGGCCGUGGAGGUCGGACGGAGAGGGCUGCAGCGGGAAGGGCAGCACUGAGAGCAGCGGGGAGAGCCACCGGGCAGAGGCAGAGGGGAAGGAGGAUGACGUGAGCAGCAUCAUGAGGAAGUACCUGGGAAAAGAGUGAGUUUCCAGAAGCUGAGUCUUCAUCUGAAGUUUUAUAAUUCCAUUCACAACGAAGCCGGACACAUCUGCAGUUUCAUGACCGUUGCCUGCUGGCCACACCUCACUGCCAUGAAGGACAGCAUACAGUACCUGGUGCAAUGGGAGGCUGUAUUCCCAUGUCUGCUUGGUUUUUACACAAUAAAAUUUUUGCUUCUUCA